AUGAAGGCUAGUCUUCUGAGAACUUCGAAAUUAUACAAGGGUCUUCAUUCAAUAACUAAAGACGCCAUUUCGAAGGUGGACACUUUCCCCAAGAAUAAGCAACAUGAAACGCUACAUCGGUUAAACUCUUUCAAUGAGAAUCCAACACGCAAGACCUUGGAGAAAUUAGUCUAUUCUGUUCAUUUCCAUUUGUUGAACGAUCCUCCUAAACACGUAGACAUAUUGAGACAAUACCCUAAUGAGUUGGCAAAAUUUUGGCCCUAUGAAAUGCAGCACUCGAUUUUAGAAAUGGAUGACCCAAAUCUAACAUCUCAAACGAUUUUAUGGUCUCGUAACAAUAAGGAUGCUUUGGAUUUCUUGAGCUUCAAUCGUCAUAAGUGGCUGCGGCCGAAAAACUGGCAGACUCCGAAUGAGGAACUUAUAAAAGAUAUCACAGGAAUUGACGGUCUUCAAUCAACUCAAAUUACAGAAGUAUUAAGACUCCCUGCAGAAAAGAUAAAGGAGACACUACGGCAAAUUUUCGAGCAUUACUAUUUCUUGAAGACAAAUCCGAAACUAUGCGCUACAAAAAAACUCCAGGCACCAAUCGUUGAGAUCGGAAUGAAACCUGAUGGUUUCGAUAUAGCCGACAUCAGGAUCGAUAACUUGUUUAAGAAAAAGGUCAAGCUAAUUAGUGACCUGCUCUACUCGCAAAAUCCGGUGCUGACUUCAGAUGCAGAGUCUAUAUUAACGUCAAUAGUUAACGACCCAGAUCUCAAUAGGCGAACGAAAAGAUUGUAUAAAAAUGUUGCCAGCAGAUCUUACCUUUUCAAAGAUGGGAAGUUCGAAAUAAGUGAACUUGCUAGAGGCGGAUUUGUCCUGUCGAAGGAAAAUUUGAGCGAGAACUUAGCUGCUGCCCUUGAGGAAGAACAUAAUUGA